AUGUGCAGUUAUCUUCCAUUUAUUGCAGGGAUUUAUCUUUCUGAAAAUGAACUGAGUGGUGUGAUUCCGACAAAUAUUUCCCAGUGUUCACGACUUGGGAUGUUGGAUCUCUAUUCCAACUCUUUCAGUGGGCAGAUACCUUUGGAGAUCGGCUACUUAGCAUCUCUUCAGGGUUUACGCCUAAGUCGUAAUCGUUUGAAUGGUACACUACCUCAUGAGAUUGGCAAUCUCCAAAACCUGGUUUAUUUUGGUGUUGGAUCAAAUCAGAUUUGGGGUUCAUUUCCUUCAAAUAUUUUCAUGAAUAUGUCUUCUUCACUGCAACACUUACAUAUAUGGCGCAAUAAAUUCACCGGAAGCCUUUCAAGGGAUGUCGGGAAUCUUACAAUGCUAACCACCUUCGACCUCUCCGAAAACUACUUCACAGGGAUUAUUCCUUCUGAAUUAGGCCAACUUCACCAAUUGAAAGACUUACAAUCAUCUUUAAACAACUUGAGUGGUUCUAUUCCACCUGAGCUCUUUAACAUUUCAACACUCGAAAAUAUUUCAAUAGUUUUCAAUGAUCUGUCUGGAGUUCUUCCAACCAAUAUAUGCCAUUCCUCUCCCAAUCUUAACCAACUUUAUCUUGGCAAUAAUUCCAUCUUUGAUCCUAUACCCAACUCCAUAUCUAACUGCUCUCAACUCACACAGAUCUCACUUUAUGAAAACAAACUCAGUGGACUGGUCAUAUACCUACCGUCAUCGGCAACUUAA